AUGUGGUGCAGCCGGCUUGUCCGACCCCCGCUUUCUCUGGGGCCCUGCAGCCCUUUCAGGGCGCAGUCUGCUCUCGCCCAGCUCAAGCACGUACUGGAAAGAGAGCUGGAAGGCAUCCGAGGGGCCGGGACGUGGAAGAGCGAGAGGGUGAUCACCUCGAAGCAAGGGCCGCGCAUUCACGUUGAAGGAAGCCGAGGCGAUAUCCUGAAUUUCUGUGCCAAUAAUUACCUUGGACUCUCCAGUCACCCUGAGGUGAUUAACGCUGGACUAAAUAGCCUGGAGAAAUAUGGAGCUGGCCUUAGUUCCGUCCGCUUCAUCUGUGGAACACAAAAUAUACACAAGGAGCUGGAGGAGAAGAUUGCUCGUUUCCAUCAAAGAGAAGAUGCCAUCCUCUACGCCAGCUGCUUUGAUGCCAAUGCUGGAAUCUUUGAGGCCCUACUGACCCCAGAGGAUGCAGUCCUUUCCGAUGAACUGAAUCAUGCCUCCAUCAUUGAUGGGAUCCGGUUGUGUAAGGCCAAUAAAUAUCGCUACAAGCACAUGGACAUGCAAGAUCUGGAAAGCAAACUGCAGGAUGCACAGAAACAUCGCCUGAGGUUGGUGGCCACUGAUGGUGCCUUCUCCAUGGAUGGUGACAUUGCUCCCUUGAAGGAAAUCUGUAGCCUGUCCCAGAAAUACAAAGCCAUUGUUUUCAUUGACGAAUGUCAUGCCACUGGAUUCCUUGGACCCAAUGGGAGGGGCACUGAUGAUCUCUUGGGUGUGAUGGACCAAGUCGCUGUAAUCAACUCAACCCUGGGGAAGGCACUUGGGGGAGCAGCAGGUGGCUACACCACUGGCCCCAAAGCACUAAUUGAUCUUCUGCGCCAGCGCUCUCGCCCUUACCUCUUCUCCAAUAGCUUGCCUCCUGCUGUGGUGGGUUGUGCUUCCAAGGCUCUGGAUCUGCUCAUGGAGAGCAAUGCCAUUGCGCAGUCCAUGGCUGCCAAGACUACACGGUUCCGAAGCAAGAUGGCAGCAGCGGGAUUCACCAUUUCAGGAAAUAAUCACCCAAUUUGCCCUGUGAUGUUGGGGGAUGCCCGGCUAGCGACCCUGAUGGCUGAUGACAUGCUGAAGAGAGGCAUCUAUGUCAUAGGCUUCAGCUACCCAGUGGUGCCCAAGGGGAAGGCACGGAUUCGUGUACAGAUCUCAGCUGUUCACAGUGAAGAAGAUAUUGAUCGGUGUGUGGAGACCUUUGUUGAAGUGGGCCGUAAACAUGGGGCCUUGCCCUGAAUGGCUGGAGAAUACUAGGCUGUUCUUUCAAAACCUGAGGCUGGAAACCAUUUUCUUUUUCCUCAGAA